AUGCAGAGCGCCGAGGAGCUGGUGGCGCAGGUGGAGCGGCUGGCCGGCAGCAUCGACGGGCUCAGGGCCCGCAUCGAGAGCGAGGUUCAGCGAGAUCUGAACGUUGCCGUUGCCGAAUUUACUGAACUGAAGCAGCAGCUGGAGAGAGACACGCUGGUUCUGAGUAUUCUGAAAAAGCUACAAGAGUUUGAUACAGCUAUUAAAGAGUAUAACACUGCAUUGCUGGAAAAGAAGUAUGUUGUAGCAGCUCAACAGCUGGAAAAGGCACGAAGCAGCUUGAAAACCCUGGAAUCUCGUAAGGGCUUUGAGCUAAAGAUCCUGAAAGCGCUUGGCACGGAGCUCACGGUGCAGACACAGAACAUGCUCUAUCAUCUAGGGGAGGAGUGGCAGAAGUUGGUUGUGUGGAAGCUUCCUCCUUCAAAAGCAAGCAGCAGCCUGGAGUCAGUGCUGGCCUCAGAAUUGUGCUUGUGCACAGUGCCAUCAGAAGAGGAGUUUGCUGGCCCACCUGUUGCCUCUGUGCUGCAGGCAUUUGCUAUCCUAGGAGAACUGCACACCAAGCUGAAAACUUUUGGCCAGCUCUUGCUGAAACACAUCCUCAAGCCACUGAUUUCUUACUCAUCUCUUUGGCCAUUGGUAGAGGAACAAUCAGAUGUGGUCAUCCUGCGUUUUAAGUCUGAGGAACUUAACUUGGAUAAUACUUCUCCUGUGGAGGUUUUUGAGAAGAUUAAGCAAGUUCUGGAAUUUCUUCACAAAUAUCUGCUGAAUGUUCCUCUUGAGUGCGUGGACGACAAAAAGGAAUGCAAGGUUGUACUAUCAGAACUGCUGGGUGAUAUGAUAUGGGAAGAGUUAUCUGACUGCCUCAUUCAGAACUGUCUGGUGAAUUCAAUUCCAACUAACAGCAGCAAGCUAGAGCAAUAUGUAGAGGUGAUUAAGUCCACAGAGGAAUUUGAAAAAGCCUUGAAGAACAUGCAGUUUUUGAAAGGAGACACAACUAACUUACUGAAAUAUGCCCGUAAUGUCAAUUCCCACUUUGCUAACAAGAAGUGCCAGGAUGUUAUUGUGGCAGCCAGAAAGCUGAUGACCUCAGAAAUACACAAUACUGUAAAGAUCUCACCUGAUUCCUCCGUAUCCCUACCAAGACUUCCUGAUCCAGGGGCAGGAGAUCAUUUGGAAAUGGAGAAAACUUCAAAACUUCUGCAUAACGAGAUGGUGAUUUUGGAGAAUGAAUCUAAACUGAGCCAGCACACAUUUUCCCUGCCCACAUGCCGCAUCAGUUCUUCAGUGGAGGAACUAAUGGAUCUGGCUUACCAGACGCUUUUGGAGGCUACAGCCAGCACUGAUCAGUGCUGUAUACAGCUCUUCUACUCUGUGCGGAAUAUAUUCCAGCUGUUCUGUGAUGUAGUGCCAACAUACCACAAAGAGAACCUUCAGAAACUGCCCCAGCUGGCAGCCAUUCACCACAACAACUGCAUGUACAUUGCGCACCACUUGCUCACCCUGGGACACCAGUUCCGGUACCGCCUGACCAGCAUCUUGUGCGAUGGAACAGCUACUUUUGUAGAUAUGGUACCUGCUUUUAGGAGACUUGGGAUGGAGUGUUUUCUGGCCCAGAUGCGAGUGCAGAAAGGAGAAAUACUGGAGAGGCUGUCAAGUGCCAGGAAUUUUUCCAAUAUGGAUGAUGAGGAAAAUUACUGUGCAGCAAACAAAGCAAUAAGGCAGGUAUUGCAUCAGUUGAAAAGACUGGGAAAAGUCUGGCAAGAUGUUCUUCCUGUGAAUGUGUACUGCAAGGCUAUGGGGACGUUGCUGAACACAGCCCUCACAGGGAUUCUCACUAGAAUCACUGCCCUAGAGGAUAUCUCUGCUGAGGAUGCAGAUAGGUUGUACUCCCUCUGCAGGACCAUGGUAGAAGAAGGACCCCAGGUUUUCACCCCACUACCUGAAGAGGAUAAAAAUAAGAAAUAUCAAGAGGAGGUUCCAGUCUAUGUGCAGAAGUGGAUGACAUUCAAAGAGCUGAUGAUCAUCCUACAAGCCAACCUCCAGGAAAUAGUAGAUCAGUGGGCGGAUGGGAAAGGACCUCUUGCAGCUGAAUUCUCCCCCAUUGAAGUGAAGAGUCUUAUCCGAGCCUUAUUCCAGAACACAGAAAGGAGAGCAGCAGCACUGGCCAAAAUUAAGUAA